ACUAUUUUUUAGUCUUCUUAUGCAAAUGCAUGGAGAUGAAUAUUUUGCACCAACAUAAUGCAUAAGGCUCAUGUAUAUGUCUUGCUUUAUCUGCCUGUGGCGCCGCCAGCCUCCAUGUUGCUGAACAAAAUGCUGACUCCUUGAUGAGGGUCAGAAAAUGAACGCCUCCUCCUGCUGUGGUCCGCCAGUCACCAUGUAUCAGCAGAGUGCCGGAUUUGACCUCAAUGCCAGCUGUGACUGGCUGGCUCCUCACUGUAACUGGACAUCAGUGGACACAGCGCUGCAGCUGCCUACCUUUUCUACAGCAGCCAAAGUCAGGGUGAUUAUUACCUUCAUCCUGUGUGGCAUUUCCACUUUCUGCAAUUUGGCUGUGCUGUGGGCAGCCAAUGGCCACAAGCGCAAAUCCCACGUCAGGGUGCUGAUAAUCAACUUGACUGUAGCCGAUCUCUUGGUUACCUUCAUCGUGAUGCCCAUGGAUGCCGUGUGGAACAUCACAGUUCAGUGGCUGGCUGGCGACCUGGCUUGCAGAUUUCUGAUGUUCCUAAAACUACAGGCCAUGUACUCCUGUGCCUUUGUCACAGUGGUGAUUAGUCUGGACAGACAGUCAGCUAUCCUCAAUCCUCUGGCCAUUAGUAUGGCCCGGAAAAGGAACAGGGUCAUGCUGAUGGUGGCGUGGACUAUGAGCACCUUGUUCUCAAUCCCUCAGAUGUUCAUUUUCCAUAACGUGACCAUCACAUAUCCAGCCAACUUUACUCAGUGCACCACAAGGGGGAGCUUUGUCACUCACUGGCAGGAAACUGCCUACAACAUGUUUACCUUCUCCUGCCUCUUCCUGCUGCCACUGGUCAUAAUGAUCGUCUGCUACACCAGGAUCUUCAUCCAGAUCUCCAAACGGAUGACAAAAAAGAGCUUGUCUUCUAAUGAGCUACAUCUGCGCUGUUCAAAGAACAACAUCCCCAAAGCACGAAUGAGAACUCUGAAAAUGAGCAUCGUCAUAGUGAUCUGCUUCAUAGUCUGCUGGACUCCGUACUACCUGUUGGGUUUGUGGUACUGGUUCUUCCCAGAUGACUUGGAGGGAAAAGUCUCUCACUCCCUCACCCACAUCCUGUUCAUCUUUGGUCUUUUCAACGCCUGCCUGGAUCCGAUCAUCUAUGGGCUGUUCACCAUACGCUUCCGCAAGGGGCUGAGGAGCUGCUACAGUAAAGCCACGGUGACGUCAGACAAGGAGAGUAACGCAGUGAUGACAGAGUCUUUGAAGUGUACUGCUGCUGUGUUGCCUUCUAAAAGAGGAAUGACCACUGGUGUAAAAGACAUCAACUGUGAACAGGCUGAGCCAAGAUCCACAGAUGACAGGUGUCUGACUGUUUUCAGUCAAAGAGAAGCAGGACAACCUUGCCACAAUAGUGCUGAGAGCACAAUAUGAUGAUGAGAAAAAACAGAGUACAACCAGGAACUUUAUACUAUUUAACGGACUGGUUCCAUUAUUUCACCGUUUUCAGUGUUAUCUGUCUAUCUGUACAACAUCUAACGUGCAUGUGUAGAGUAAGUCUGAAAACAUAGAAUAUCCAUCACUAAUGUCUCAUGUAGAGACAAACACAUUAGUCAACAUUAGUCUACUUAGCCUGACGCUGUCCAUCUUACUUCAGGGUUAUUUAACUUUAUGAAUACAGUAUAACAUAUGUGGAGCUGUUUGAUGGUUUGUGUGUUGUGUAACUGGCUCCCAUCUUGAGAGAAGUUUGCUGUAUGUAAUGUACAUUGACGAUACCCUGCAGAAACGUUCAGGACUAAAUGAAAAGUAGAAGACGGAGAUUGCCAGGUUACACAACAGUGUUGCCUGUGUUCUGUAUGUGGCUACACACUGCCCACAGGUCUGUUAGGAUGUCUCAUAUGACUGUUGAGAUUACUGAGAUUGCAGAUUUGCAGCUGCAACACAAUCAGAUCAGAUGUUUCAAACAGAAAUCAUAUGGUUUGAACUAUAUUAUCCUUAGCAUGUACACCACAUGUUAUAGGCCAUAGCAUUGUUUGUGUAACGAAUAAAACUGCAAUGAAAAAAGACAUAAAACACAACAUGAAACACAAUACAAAAUUCCCAUAUUAAAUAUAACUGUCCACCUGAUAAACGUUCACUCCAACUCUCUAUUAUGUGUGUUCAAUACAGACUUGAGCUUUGACAUGCAGUAUGUAACUACAAUUGGCUUUUUUCACAGCGGACAUUUUGACUUGUUAAAGCUGGAAAAGCACAGGUGUUACAUUAACAUUAAUGAUGGCUCUGAUCCACUGACAUGUCCCCGUAUGCUACGACAGAGUGACAGCGAGGCAACAUGCACAAUAUCACAAUAUCAGGACCUUGAACGGAAGCAGCUGAAAGCAGCAGAUUUGUUAGAACAAAUUUGAAAAGAUCAGUUUAUGUUUUUUUUCAGAGCUCAUUCAUUUUCAGCAAAUAUGUUUUGUGAUUUAUAAUGGAAUAUUAAUGAAAGAACUGCCUCCAGUAAUAUAAUAUGGGGAUAAUGCAAGACCACUGCUGGAGCCGGGACUUGGUACUACUGCAUGCACUAUUAUGCAGAUUACAGUAAUAUAAGAAAUUCAUAAAGACAGUCUACUUCUGCAGUUGCCUGAUUAUGUAAACAGUUUGACUGCUGCUUAUUUUUAUGUAUGUCUCUAAUAACUGUUCAU